AUGUUGGUGCUUGAGCAGUCCAAGAUUGGCGCGGCCUCGAUCGUUGCCGCCGGUGCCUGUGCCCACGCUCGCGCCCAUGCCCCAAGCCAAACCGAGAACGAGCUUGGUCCUCCCCCGACAACUCCUCCAGUAGCUUUGACACAGUUCUCGGGGCUUUUUGGACGCCAGGCGGCGCCCAAGACUUGUGGAUAUGUCUCCGGUGUAGACCGGUUGUUGUACCGAUCGAUAUUGCACCCUUCCCACGGCAUGCGUGUCGUACGAUUCUCCCUCCCCAACAGACGCGGAGACGGUGUAUUGAAACUCGGCCAAGCCUUCCUGCCUGACCCUCUCCUUUGUCGACGACCCAUGUUCCGGGUGCACGUGGUUCGCCUGCUCCACGACGGACGGAACAAGACCGGUCUACAAUACUCGGCCGCCCAGCACAACUACCACCUCAGCUUCUACAAGCACUACGUCGGCGUCGGCGCCAAGUACGGUGCUGCCGCCGGAGAAUCCCACGCCCGUGGGCGCGAUUAUCGGAGGCGUAGUCGGAGGAGUCGAUGCCGGAAGAAGAAGAUGAUGCUGACUCUUGCCGACUGCUCAGCCGCUUUGGCUUUGGUAGGCGGCUCCAUGUCAUUCCUACUGCGUCGCUGGAGGCAAAAGCCGCCGGCUCCGACCGCUCAGCCCCAACCGUCGCUGGCAUUUGCUCCGGGAGCAGAAUUCGGCAGUGGCCCGGCCCAUGGGUACCCAGGCAGCAUUGCGAAACAGGAGGCCGCCGACAUGACGGGCUCCAACUCCAACACCGGUCUGUACGCAUCUUCGCCUUCGUCGCCGGCGCCGGCGUCGGUUUACUCCCCUGGGUACAUGGAUCAGCAGAUUGUGCCGCAGCCUCCGUUCCGGGCGCAGCAAGUCUGGUACCCGUUUCCUGUGCAUGAGGUGCUUACCACGAGGGCUGAGCGGCAGGUCCAGGAGUUGCCGGGGUUAUGA